GGUCAUGUGAUCAGCUGUGUCCAAUCACAGCUGAUCACAUGGGACAUGUACACAGAUCAUCAGAGCACUGAUGAUCAGUCAGUGCCACCUGUCAGUGUCCAUCAGUGCCAGCUCUCAGUGCUCAUCCAUGCCACCUGCCAGUGCCCAUCAGUGCCACAACAGUGCCACAUUUCAGUGCCCAUCAGUGCCACAUCAAUGCCACAUAUCAGUGCCCAUCUGAGCUGCCUUUCAGUGUCACCCAUCAGUGCCAGUCAGUGCCACCUAUCAAUGCCAGUCAGUGCCACCUAUCAGUGCUGC